UAAAAAAAAAGAAGUAUGGUGCAGACAUAUAUCCGCUGUUUACGUUCUCCCCAUAUCUCCCCCAUUGACCCUUCUGGAAUUCAAUCGAACAACACUCAAGAAACACACAGAGCAGAUUUGACGCACAACACACACUGAGGGAGAGAAAGAAGGGGACUUUUUUCAUCUGUGAAUACUCCAUUGAUUGAUUUGAUGAUGGGGUUUUCUUUAUAGUCUCUCUCUUUCUGUCUUUCUUUCUUUUGGGAUCCUGUUGAAGAGUGCAAGACUGGAUUAAUAGAGAUUUUCGUGGAUUUUUCUUGAUUUGGAGCAGCUGUGUUUGUAAAGAUAAUCAAGAUGGGAUCAGAUGAGAAUUUUCCAGGUGUGAUCAGGCCUUCAAACAUUCAAGGUGGAUUGAUGCCUGGAGGUGGAAAAUUUACAGCAGGAGUUGCUAAUAAUAGGAGGGCUUUGAGUACUAUCAACAGGAAUAUUGUAGGAGCUCCACCCUACCCUUGUGCUGUUCAUAAAAGAGGGGUCUUGACAGAGAAAAACGCUGCUGCUAACAAGAAUCCCGUUAUUCCGGUUCAUCGCCCUGUCACUAGGAAAUUUGCUGCACAAUUGGCUGGAAAAGGGCAGCAGCCAUCAAUUGAGGAAGUCAGGCCAUCAGCUCAACCAGUAUUGAGUACAAAUGAGAACCCCGACUGCAUUAUUAUCUUUGCAGAUGACUACAAGAAAGCGGAUGACCAUGACGUGCCGAUGUUUGUGCAACAUACAGAAGCUAUGCUUGAAGAAAUUGAUAAAAUGGAUGCAGAAAUGGAAAUGGAAGACAUCGACCACGAUGAGCCAGUAUUGGACAUAGACAGUUGUGAUAAGAAAAAUCCACUUGCAGUUACUGAGUACAUAGAUGAUAUAUAUACUUAUUACAAGAAAACUGAGAGCUUGAGCUGUGUCCCACCAAACUAUAUGGCACAGCAAUUUGACAUUAAUGAAAGAAUGAGAGGUAUUCUUAUUGACUGGCUGAUUGAGGUGCAUUACAAGUUCGAACUGAUGGAUGAGACAUUAUAUUUAACUGUCAAUCUCAUAGAUCGAUUUUUAGCAGUCCAAUCAGUUGUGAGAAAGAAAUUACAGCUAGUCGGGGUGACAGCUAUGCUUCUUGCGUGCAAGUAUGAAGAAGUUUCUGUUCCCGUUGUUGAGGACCUUAUAUUGAUCUCUGACAGAGCUUACAGCAGAAAAGAAGUGCUCGACAUGGAGAAACUGAUGGUCAACACCUUACAAUUCAAUCUUUCCCUGCCAACUCCGUACGUGUUCAUGAGGCGAUUCUUGAAAGCUGCUCAAUCCGACAAAAGGCUGGAGCUGUUGUCCUACUUCAUAAUCGAACUCUGCCUCAUUGAGUAUGGGAUGCUCCGGUUCCCACCUUCCUUGUUAGCAGCCGCUGCAAUCUUUACAGCUCAAUGUACUAUCAGCGGAUGUAAGCAGUGGAGCAAGACGUGCGAGAGACACACAAAUUACACUCAAGACGAGCUCAUGGAAUGUGCAAAAAUCAUGGCAAGUUUUCAUCAGAAGGCAGGAAGCGGGAAGCUCACCGGUGUGCACAAGAAGUACAGUACUUCCAAAUACGGCUAUGCUGCUAAGGAGAAACCGGCUGUUUUCCUUAUCGAUGCUUUGAUCUAACAAACUGCAUUCGGGGUUGGGGGGGGCUGGAUGAUUAUUGAGCAACACAAGUUGCCCCUUGGGGGGUUUACUCAGACUCGUUCUCGAGAUUUCUUAGUGUUUUUCUUUUUUUUUUUUCUUUUCCUGAUGAAUAUAUGUAAUUUUCUUCAAGAAAGUUUCAGUUUUUUUUCUUGUUCGAUAAAGGUGUAUGUAUGUCUUGUGCUAGAUUUUUGGUGUGCC